AUGUCGUACGGAUACGACGAUGACUCGAAGAGGAAGAGGAGGUAUGUUGUUAUCUCAAUCUCCUCCGUCCUUCUCAUCUCCAUGGUUGUCGCCGUUACCGUCGGCGUCACGCUCAACAAGAACGAAGCUAAAGCUGACGCCGAAGAGGGAAAGAUAACGGCUUCCGUCAAGGCCGUCAAGGACGUUUGUGCACCCACGGAUUACAAGAAGACAUGUGAAGACAGUCUGAUCAAGAACGCGAACAACACAACCGACCCCAUGGAAUUGAUCAAGACGGCGUUUACCGUCACGAUGAAGCAGAUCACAGACGCGGCCAAGAAGUCGCAGACGAUGAUGGAGCUUCAAAAGGAUCCAAGGACGAGGAUGGCGCUUGAUCAAUGCAAAGAGCUUAUGGAUUAUGCGUUAGGCGAGCUUACCAACUCUUUCGAGGAGCUUGGCAAGUUUGAGUUCCACAAGCUCGACGAGGGUUUGAUCAAUCUCAGGAUUUGGCUCAGCGCGGCGAUUAGCCACGAGGAGACUUGUCUUGAAGGGUUCCAAGGGACGCAAGGGAACGCAGGAGAGACGAUGAAGAAAGCCUUGAAGACAGCUAUGGAGUUGACUCGCAACGGGCUUGCCAUCAUCACCGAAAUGUCGAACUACUUGGGCCAAAUGGAUAUUCCUGGGCUGAACAGCCGAAGGCUUCUGGCUGACGAUAUCCCCUCGUGGGUGGACCAGAGAGGGCGUAGCCUCUUGCAGGCCGCUGAAGCGUAUUCGGACGCGAAACCUGAUAUCGUUGUGGCUCAGGACGGUAGCGGUCAGUACGCGACGAUCAACGAGGCGUUGAUGCACGUCCCGAAGAAGAAGAACACGACUUUCGUGGUUUACAUUAAGGCUGGAAUCUACCAGGAGUACGUCCAGGUGAACAAGAGCAUGACCCAUCUCGUGUUCAUCGGUGAUGGUGCCGAGAAAACCGUCAUUACCGGAAACAAGAGUUACAAGGACGGUAUCACUACCUACCGUACAUGCACCGUUGCGAUCGCUGGAAACCAUUUCAUUGCCAAGAACAUCGGGUUCGUUAACACCGCUGGGGCAAUCAAGCAUCAAGCAGUUGCGAUUAGGGUUCAGGCAGAUGAGUCGAUGUUCUUCAACUGUAGGUUCGAUGGUUACCAAGACACGCUCUACACUCAUUCCCACCGUCAGUUCUACCGUGAUUGCACCAUCUCAGGCACCAUUGAUUUCAUAUUUGGAGACGCGGCUGCUGUAUUCCAAAACUGCACUUUGUUGGUGAGGAAGCCACUCCCGAACCAGGCAUGUCCGAUUACAGCCCACGGUCGUAAAGACCCUAGGGAAGUAACCGGAUACGUGUUCCAAGGUUGCACAAUUGCCGGCGAACCGGAUUACUUGGCAGUGAAGGCAACUAGCAAAGCCUAUCUUGGAAGGCCAUGGAAGGAGUUCUCAAGGACUAUUAUUAUGAACACUUUCAUUCCGGAGUUCGUGCAGCCACAAGGAUGGCAACCGUGGCUCGGAACCUUCGGUCUAGACACGUUGUUCUACUCCGAAGUCCAGAACACAGGACCGGGGUCAGGCCUUGCAAACCGGGUUACUUGGCCAGGAAUCAAGAAACUGACCGACGAAGAAAUCCUCAAGUUCGCACCGGAUGUGUUCAUCCAAGGUAACAUUUGGGUUCCAGGCAAAGGUGUUCCCUACACUGGUGGCCUUAUGGCUGGCAGCACAGGUGCCGCAACCACCACCCCGAGUGGCGCAGCUGCUCCAGGUUUCUCCACCUACACGGACACAAGUGGCGCUGGCUCGAUUUCUCCAGCAGCUUCUCCAGCAUCUUCUCCAGCAUAUUCUCCAUUAGCCUCUCCAGCAGCCUCUCCAGUAGCUUCCCCGGAAGGUUCUAUUAAGAUGGCUUCAUCAGCUUCCCCGGAAGGUUCUAUUAAGAUGUCUUCAGCAGCUUCCCCGGAAGUUUCUAUUAAGAUGGGCUCAACGGAAGAGACCCCCAUUAUCUUGAUCUCAAAGUCUACCUAA